AUGGCUGGCAGAGUCGAGCGCGCAGAUAUCAACGCUCAUACACGCUCCUUCACCGGGUGUACCACAUGUCGAAGUCGGCACGUAAAGUGCGAUGAAGGCCGCCCAACAUGUUCCAUGUGUGCCUACUUUGGGCUAACCUGCGCUGGCUAUGGAAAAAAUAUAUUUUUUGACUCAAGAAACCCAGAGGCGAAGAUCCGGUUUCGAAGGCCUCUACUUACAGAAGAAGAGCGAGAGCGCAUGAGCCAGUGGCUAGUCUCCAGCGCACCGCCCAAGUCCACAUUUCAAUUGCUAUCCCAGAUAGAUGACGAGUGCGAGAGCUCAGCUCCAUUGAGAGAUUUUCAGCUAUCCCUUGGGCCGUUUGGUGUUUUCAAAGUCCAUCAAGACCAUGCAGUCCAGAAUGCAACACCCGACGAAACCGAGUCUUUGCCACUGGUCGAGGAUUUUGAGAAUCCCGGUACCGGUAGUCCAGAGCAGGAUGAACUCCCAAUGAUGGGCUCUUUCACUGUCGAUGUCGGAUUUUCACAAUUGUCGCCAUCAUUUAUGCAGUCACUACUAGAACCACCAGAUCAUGCGCCGAGCUCGAGCUCUCCAGAUCUAAUAGAUCUGUUGAUGGACCAAAGCCACGUCGGCGACACGACUUUAGCGCCGCAUCAAGAAUACUCGCCCACACGCUUGAUAUCUCAAUCAUAUUGUAAUCCACCAAUACAGUCCGACUUCCUGGCUCCAGGUCCAGACAUGUCUUGUUCGGUCCCACAAGACGCAGUCUUCCUGAUUAAACAUUACUCUUCAACUGUUAUCAGUCUCAUGACACCCGUCCGCCAUAAGAAGACACCCUGGCAUAUACUAUUCAUUCCCCAUGCCAAAGACUGUCUAGCCGCUCUAGCGUUGGGCGAGGACAUGAGUCAUGCUAGCCUAUGCAACUUUUACGGAACCCUAGCCAUCAGCGCCUUCAGUCUAGGCGGCGUUUCUCGAUCUGAAUCUUGGCUCGAAAAAGGAGAAAUGUACCUCCAAAAGGCCCAGACCCACGCCCGACUGAUGCUCUUGACCGCCUACGAUAUUCCCAAACCAGCAAAAUACAAAUCUAUUCUAAUGGCAAUCCUCACAAUGGUGCAAGUAUCCACCUUCUCGGGUAACCGAGACCAAGCUGAAGGAUACUUUCUGGAAGCAGAAAAAUUCAUCCGUAUGAAAGGACUCAAGCGAAAGAAAUCAAGGAAGGUACGCCUUCUACAUCACUGCUAUGUCUUUGAGCGGAUGUUCCAUGAAAGCAUUUUUGUCUGUGCUGCAAAUUCCAACCACCGCCAACAUAUCCGUCGAGCAAUCGAGUCGAGUGGGCUUGCUCCCGCGAGUGUGGAUGGCCUCUCUUUCCGUCUGUACAAGUGGAAAAAUCUGCAUCAGGAAAUGCUCCGCGUGCGCGACCGGGAAGAAGGGGAGAAUGAUCUACACCUUGAGCGCCCAGGCCUCUUUUCAGCAACUCUAUACCCCGAGAUUUUUGGAAUUCCAGAGGCAUGGCUCCUUCUUUUAUCUUGUGUGAUCCGCCUUGGGACUGAGAAAGAUGCCGCUGAAGAAUCUUCCACCCCAAAUGGCCUCAAUCUAAAGGACUUUAUCAGCCGUGCGAAAGCUCUGGAAGACUAUAUUAAUCAACUUCAACGCCCCAACCAAGCAACUUUUACCUUUUCAUCACAACAUUCCACUAUCGACCAACACAUCUUAGAGAACAUGCUCGAGGCAAUGCGACUUGCCCUUGCCAUCUACUUCUACCGCCGAAUCUACGAUAUCAACGCGUCGAUACUGCAAGAAAAGGUAAUCGGAGUGCGCGACUGUCUACUGCAAUGCGAGUACGCCGACUCUAGCGUCGUGCAUGGUUCUGCGGGAUUCAUCUGGCCAGCAUUUAUCGCAGCAUGCGAAGCUGAAGAUCCAGAUGUGCAAGAGUCUUUUGCGAGGUGGUUUGAGAUUUCCGCGCAGCGGAGUGGAUUGUCUGGGUUUACACGGACUUUGAGUUCGAUUCGGAAGAUCUGGCAGGAGAAGCGUGGUGGCGGUUGUAGUGUGACUUGGUUGGACUUGAUGAGGAAAGCGUUGCCAAUGCGGGAACACGGGGAGUGGGAGGGGUGA